UCUAGAAAUAGUCGCGAAUUUAGAAAAACUUAAAUUUUCUGCGAUAACAAUGAUAAAUACGGCUAAAUACUUUGCGCUUUUAGAGAAUUUGAAGUUCAAUAAGGCCCUAGCAAAUAAGGUAAAUAACUCUGAGAUCCCUGAUGCCUUGGUGAACAACUUGCUUAUUCUAGAAAAAUAUGCUAAACUGGAGUUGGAUAAGCAAUUACAUGAAUUAUGUUUGGAAUAUCAAUUAACAGCCGAUCAAGAAUCUAGUAUAGAUCCGGGGACAGAUCCCACCGUAUCUUAUAUACUCAGACUGCAACAUGUGCUUCAUUCGAUCACGAGGAAUAUUAAUUUUCAUAGCGACGCAAAGGAGGAUCUUAUAUCGGUGGCGCACCUUAAACUUUGCAUUCAGGCUAUCCAGGAGUUGUCAUACUAUUCACUUCGAUGUCAGCUUCAUGAGGAUUUCUACAAGUCGCCAAUAUUUCUUGAGGCACAAGGCAAAGUAAAGGCAAAUCCUUCUCUGCUACUGCUUAACGUUCAGUUCUUUGUAAAUCUACUGCCCAUCCGUCAGUUUCACAUAGCCAACUCCAUGGAGCUGGUGCAAAGGGAUCUCUUGGCCGCCAUUAUGAGUCUACGAGUUCAGGAAGAAUCUGAGCAUCUGGAUAAGGCCAUUUCAUACCUCUGGGAACAGGAAUCCAAAGCGGAUUUCUUCCGCCACAUUUUGCUCUUGAAAGCCACUCCUCUUUGCACACCUUUGGCAAAAUUGUUGCAUCAUCAACUUCUGGGAAAGCUAAAUUCACCCCAAGGAUUUGGCAGCUUUGUAGAUGCGCUGCAACAAACUCCCAACGUGAAUCCUACAAGAAAUGCCGAAAUAGUAGCUAGCAUUGUAGCUCGAAAAGGAUUUUCUCAACUGGCCCAACAGAAGAUGAUUCUCCAGGUAUUGGAGUUUUGUAAGUUUAACCUCCAAGAUGCAGACAAAAUAUGUGCCGGCGUCCUUACCCUUAGAAGGCUCCACGAUUUAAGUGUUACAAACCAGAAAAAGAUAGAGGAGAUAUUAUCGAAACACUGGGAAACCCUUAUUGACCCAGAAGAUGUUAUCAAUGGCCUUAUAUUAAUGGAUCACCAGGAGCUCUGCAAUAACAUACUCUUGUGGCAGCAACUUUUCUGCUCCUCCAGCGUGGCUUGCUUACCCAGUAACUUAUUAAUACCUUACCUUCCCCUGCUACUUCAACUAUACGACAGCUUACCUUUGGAACUACCAGCAACAUCACAACUUUCUGGAAUCAUCUUACGUUGUCUGGACAACAGGGACAGGGAAAAGGAAUUGCCUGAAAUACUUAAAAGACUGUUUAAGUGGAAGGUUAAAGAAAAACCUGCUUGGAAGUGCCUUCACCCGCGCAUUCUCAUUCUGCCUCCAACGAACUCCAAUCAAAUUCAGGUUAAAGUAGCCCACAAGGAACACGAAGUGGAUCAUGAUAUGGGCAGGAUAUUGCCUGGACUGCUCGUAUCCAGCUCUCAUCAUUCCCUCACCUGCAAUGUUUUCCUGGCACUUUUGGGUUUUAUGGGCAACCAGUUAAAGGAGAAGACUUCAGCCAGUGUAGAUUUAAUUUCAUCGGAAACGGAACUCAAGGACUUUCUGCACUCCAAGUAUCAACUUAAGCUAGAUUUGCUUAUUGCACUUAACCAAAUGGUGGCCCACCAACCAUUAAGAGCUCAGUUAGCUAUGCAAACCAAGUCGUUUUUGCUUAUAUUACAAGAUUUGUUACUGCAACGAUCUGGAGAACAGGAGACUACGGACCAUAUUCUACUCCUCGUCCUAAACCUUUUACAAGAACUUUUUGAAGGCAGUGAGGAUCUUCGACUCUCAGAUGGCAGUAAAGAACUGAAGGAUCAACUGCGUCAGUUGGGAUGCCAGUCCUCCAACCCUCUCAUCCAGCAAUCUGUACAAUCCCUGCUUACUUUAAUCAACGGGGCAUGGCGCCCAAGCGAAGCUGUAAAAAUCCAACCCUUCCAAAAAGCUCGCUCACUGAUAGAAGACAAGCAAUCUCACCUGCAGGUUUAUGGCAUUCAGAUGAUGAUGGAUUUGCUGAAAAAAAGAGAUCCCGCAACCAUGUCGCAGGGUCAUCUUAUAAUAGCUUUGGCUCUGACCACUCUCAAGGAUAAGGAGUCCUACACCUUCCUUAAUUGUGUUCGGCUCUUUGUGUCGUUGGUUCACGUUAUGGAGUCUGAAGUACUGGACAGACUGAGUGACGAAUACCUUUCAGAGACGGCUGAGCUUGACUAUCGAUUGGUUGUGGGUGAAACUAUCCUAAAAGUCGCUCAGGAGUUAGGUCCUCUUUCCUAUCGAUAUAAGGGCUUACUCCUUAAUUGCUUUAUGCAUGGAUCCCGCUCCCCUGUUCACGAAUUUCGUAUGUCAGCGUUUGCCAAUCUCGCCCAGCUUUGUCGCCUCUUGGCCUAUCAGGUGCAGAACUUUUUUCAGGAGCUACUGCAACUGGUUAACAGCGAAUUAACCACAGGAUGCUAUGUGCCCGCUAAGCGGGCAGCAGUCUUGGUUUUAGCUGAACUAUUAAAUGGCAUGGAGAAUCUGCUGGACUACCAAGACAUGCUUCUCCCCAUUUAUCGGCUCUUGAGGGCCAUCGAAGCGGAGGAGUCCUGCGACCCUCAAAUGCGUCAGCAUGCAGCAAAUGGCCUGAAAAUAUUGAACGAAAAGUGCCGACAACUGAUUAAAUCAAGCUUGGAGGAGAAUUCUUUACAAAAACAAAUCAAGGUACUGGGCAUCAAAGACGAGGUUUCUCCUCAAAGAAAAAACCGACACAUCCUCGAACUUAAUUAAUAAUUAGUCUAUAAAUCAAA